AUGGCUGUCCCAUUUCACGCAAAAGAGGUUCCAUCUGAUCAGGCUGAAUGGGGCCACCCGGACGUCGCCAUCCUAUUUACUUGUCUGGCUUUUUACUAUGAGGGCCUGAGUGUAUAUCAGUUCAAGCAGAGCCUAGAGGCAGUCUUGAAAUCCGACCACCCAGCUACUGAGUACGAUCGGUGGACACAAACUUCAUCAACUCUCCCUGGGUCUCUGCAGCACUGGAACGCUAUCACGGUAGAUGAUGUGGUCUUUGUGACGCAGAUAUGGCGACACUUGCGUUUUAUCCCAGUUGUGAUCAACCACUUCCUCAGGAGCUUCGUCUUUCCUCUCCAUGCCAAGCAAUUCGCGACGAAGCUCCAGGCUUCAGGAUGGGACGUUCUUUUGUAUAGCAACUCGCCAAUCCAAGCUUCGAGAGGGAUUCGCGAAGGCAUCACAACGGGAUUUAGCGGUACCAGCGAUAAUAGAAGGCUCCUACCGCUCACCAUCGAGCAGUGUGACUUACCAAGCCUCUCGCACACAAAUGCCGAGGUGUUGACGUACCUUCUCCAGCCCAGAAACCGAGGGUAUCUUGUCACAGCAGACCAGAGAGGGAAGCGUCUGUCAGAGGUUGAGCUACUAAAAAGCCUUCAUAUGGCAAAAAUCCGUAUCCUCAUUGAUGCGGGGGCAUUCAUUAUGGAGAUGGACAACUUUACUGUCGCAUGCACAUGGUUGCAAGAAGACUGGGGCGCACACGGCGCCGUGUACUUCGGCGAUGACAACAAGCCCUGGGUAGUUUAUCGGAAUAACAAACGUGUUCCACUGUUUGCGAGUCCAUUCGCAGAUGAUAUGCGCGCCUGCGUGGUCUACCUCGAUGAAGCUCACACGCGAGGUACUGACCUCAAACUGCCUCCGGACGCACUCGGUGCACUGACUCUGGGUCUCAGUCAGACAAAGGACCACACAGUACAAGCGGCAAUGAGACAGCGCCAACUUGGGGCCACGCAAUCUGCAAGGUUUCUUGCCCCGCCUGAAGUUCACCAAAGCAUUUUGGACGUGUGCAAAAAGACUUCAAAUGAUACUGUGGAUUCCUCUGACGUUAUCUCUAGGUUGCUUGACCAGACAUGCGCUACGAAUCGGGAACUACAACCUUUGUAUUUAGCGCAGGGAAAGGGCUUUUGCCAGCGAAUGCAGGCUGCAGCAUCGUACAGGAAGUUUCUCUCUAACCCUGAACAUCGAAAAGCAUAUCUAGAUGUUCUUCAACAGCCCGAGCAACAGACUCUGGAGCAGUUAUACGGGCCUUAUUAUCGCAGCGCCGCAGCCUCGCCUUCAGAGGACAAGGCAAUAGAUCCCCGGGGCAGGGUAGCCACAUUGAUGAAAACGCUCGGAGAGCGAAGGCAAGAGUCACAGGCAUACGAGUCAUUUCUGAGCUCGGCUCUGGAGGAAGUAGAACAGAAACGCGAAGUCGCUUACGAGAUCGAAGAAGAGCGAGAGAUGCAACGACCUCUCAAGCCUAAAGCUCUCAAGUUCCGUGGACUCCACGCGUCUAUUCUAUCUUUUGCGCGGGGUGGCGUCUUGGUUCUCGAGGGUAUCGUAUCCGCUGCAGAGACGCUUGAAGAGACGCAGCUUGGCUUGAAGUACCGCAUACAUGGAUCCUCACUGGUCGCUCAUCUUUAUCUUUCGGCUGAGUUCAGCGUAACGAUCAACUUGAAGAAGUCCGGGUAG